AUACUAAAACGAGAUGGCCGUCCAGUGCCUCCAGGUAUUAAAUGAUGGUCUAAUAUUGAUCGGUUCAUGAUUUCAAUAUUUUAUUACAUGUCAUCUACCAAAUAAAUGAAUAGAAGUUGCUGGAUACAACCCACCUCAUUUACGGCAGAAAUUACCGCCGGAUAACUCUAGUAGAUAUGCAGAUGUGAUGAAUUUUGAAUUCAAUGGAUUUCGAUGUUUUGAUUUUUUCGGUCUAUAAUCAGUUUCUUUUUUUAUGAAAAUGCUUUGAUAAUUCAGAUUGUUAAAUGCAUUUGGAUCACGAAUCCAAAAUAAUAUAUAUCCGUACAAUCUUUUUGGAUUUUAUCAAUAUCUAAGUUCGAAAAUAUUUCGCCAUUACCUCCAGCUAUAUGGUGGUCCAAGUGUAGUUUACUGACAUUAUGCAACGUUUUAUAAAAUGGUCUUCAGAGAGUGAAGUCUGUUAUAACUCAACAUUGGUUUAGGUACGAGGCUCUGGUAACAGCUGACUGCGGAACAACUUAGCUGAUUUUAAUAGGAACAAGUCCUAUGAUGAUCUUGGAAAAACGAUAACUGGAGCUCAACGACACUUUAACGUUAAUGAUUCACACGCUAUUAUAAGACAGAGAAGAUGGGAUUUUUAGGAAUAGCUUUAUAUUUCGAAAAGAAUUCAAAAUUGAAAUACAAAAACUCUGUCUAUAUAGGAACACUUGAUGACCUUGGACCACGCAACAAAAUUAGCACACUAACAAUGACGACAGUCAAUCAGAUGACAACAAAUGUCAUUGUGCAAAUACUAGCUAGGGAAAUACCAUCAGAAUUUUUAUUCAAAAAAGAACUAUCAUAAAAUAAUAUAGAACAAAAUAACUUGAGCUCUUCUUCGCGUUGUCCUGCUUACCUCCCAAUGGGAUUUAAGGCAUCAGUUUGUGCGUCUUGAAUUUCAUAAGAGAAAUAUCCAAUAUCUACUAUUUUACACCUGAUUGGUUCUUCAGCCAAGUAUAAUCUUACUAUGAUGCAUCAAGCUGAUAAAUUUCAUACACAUAGUUCCCUUUAUUAACUUAAAGAUAGCAAGAACGAAUAUUGAUAGGACGAAAGCAGACUUAUACCUUAUUUCCAAAAUAUAACUAACAGGAGGACAAAUUUUGUAUUCGUAUUCAUUUUACUCCAACAUAAAUUUAGGUUUUAUGUAAAUAAAUUAUUAUGUGUUGAAGUAUAGCUUUUUUCUUUGUGUUUAUCAAAGUUUUCGGUAAGAUAGUCUUAUGUUAGAUACAAACAGAUUAUUUGAACUAUGUUAUCACAUUUUUGUCAUACUUUAACCUAACGUCAAACAUUUUCGGUUACUUGACGAUUCCAUCUCUUAUUCUUGCACAUUCAAUGACUUAAACACAUUAACUCUUCUUGUUAACUAUUCUGUUACUUUCAAUAAUGCAAUUAAUUAUAAAUGAUCUUCAAAUCUGAGACAAUUUAUAGCAUAGAUUUAGACAACCAUAAAAACAGAUAUGUUAUUCUAUCUGGUCUGUGAUUUCUUAGCAAUAUAUACCUGUGACUCAACUAACAAUACAACCUGUCUUCUAAUUAGCAAUUAACUUUUAGAACUUUUGAUAUUUUAAUGGGAAUCCACAGACAACGAAGUUCAAAGAUGGGAGUGAAACGGGCUUCACCGAUCCCAGUGGUUAAUGAUUACUCAGUAUCGGGAGUAUGUUGAUGGGUCAGAUGAUCGGAUGACAACUCAUGGAGUUCAAAUGCAAUGUACUUACUAAUAGGUUUGGAUUGCUUACGUUUGGUCUCAUGUGGAGUCAUGGUUUAGUAUUGUCGAUGAAUCCCGCGCUAGGACGUAAGAAACGUUUCUGGCCGCUUGGUCCUAAAUGAUUUUCUAGCUUAGUCCGUGAUGUAGACUUUCUUCAAGUUAAAAAUCUCAAUAAAAUUCCGAUUAUAAUUUCGUUUAUCUCUUUAAUUCUUUGAAAUAACUUUAAAACAACUUCCAUGCUUAUCCUGGUCAUAUUGGACUGACAUUCACUUCGUAAAAAAAAUCUAUUGAAGUAUUUUAGAUUAUUAUGAUCAAAAUCCUAUCUUAUUCAGAGUUAAAUGAGUUUAUUUAUUCAUUACAUAUAUUUCUGUAUGGUGGUUUGUUCAGUGAUGAAGUUUAUAGUUCGUAUUACGAAUGAAUUUUAGUUAAACAACAUUGAAAACCAGAAAGUGCUGGACAGCUCUUUCGUCUUUGAAUGAGAAUUUUUAGAGGUUCACACUCACCAUCUCAUCGAUGAUGGAACACAUGAUAUUCAGGUCUUACCGUGAGCGGUUAACCUCUAGAUCAUUAAGUUGGCUUCCAAUCGUUUAUAUGUCUUCCUGCAGUAAAAAGCCGUGAUGAGUGGAUUUCAAGUGUCUAGUGUAAGGCAUUUAACCACUAAUAACAUUAGAAAAUCUUCCCUCAAUACUGAAUGAAGUUAUAUAUUCUGACGACUCAGCGUUCGCCGUGAUGCCCGAACACUGAGUUGAGUUUUCAGUGAAGUCGUGACUAUACCUCACAGGAGUCCAUAUACUGGGACGAAAUAGAUGUCCAGUGCUUCCUGGUUUUCAAAGGUUACCUAACUAAUAUCAGUUUAUGAUUCAACCUGGUAAGGACAUAUUAAAGCUAUUAGUUUGAGCGGAAUUAAACUACUGAGUUCAAUAAUAUGAAAUACUGAAAUCAACUUAUAAAUUAUAACAAUACAUGAAAUAUAAUAUGAAUUUAUUGUACUGCACUUGUUUUCUAGUUUCUGAAUGUAAUCCAAAAGUUAAAAUCCAUAAACAAUAUGUAGUUAUGUUGAUUGGAAAUAUUAACUUUAAUCAUAUAAUCCCAGUUUACCACAGAAUUCAUAUGGAAACUAAUCAAAAGGUGAUACUCUGUUUACCUAUACUACUUAUUACUGAACGGAAGUAAUUUCGUCUUGACACUGACUAACUUUGGGGCGUAAGCUAAGAAGCACUAGACUGUCAUUUCGUCUUAGUUUAGAACUCUUUAACAAUGCAUAUUUUGUAUGACCAUGACCUCUAACUAGGGGUGUAAGAAGCAGGUGGUUCCACUGCAACGCCGAUCUGUGGUCUUGUGAAAACUUAUGACCCACACAAGGCUCGGACCCAAGUCAUCUAUCUCAGUUAGAAAUGUCACCUCUACACUACUGUGGGAAAUAAUGACUUCUUAUAGGACUGUGCUGCUCAUACUGAUUGAUCACUAGUAUUCAAUGUAGAAUUUGUCUAAUCAUUAAGUGUUGCUCGGAGCCUACCAACCAGAUGGCAUUAUAUAUUUGCUAGGAAGUGCUGACUAUGUCGAUAUGUAGCUAAUUUCCAGGCUGAAUUCUGUCUGUCUCUGAUCCCCUAAUAUUCUAAUGUUUAGUUUCUAACUUUAAAACACAAAAUGGACUACGUCCUCUUAUAUCAUGCAGCUCAUACUUAAAAGGUUAAGUUUCACAAACAUAUACACAACGGCUAUCCAUUUAUCAAACUUUAUUCCUGAAUAAAUUGUACUUAUAUAUCCAUAUUUCCUCAAUAACCCAGCAUUUCUUUUCUAUAAUCCUAAAAUUAUUCAGGUAUAUAACAAUAAUCCGUUUCAUAAAAAUGAUUGACAUUAAAUUAUUUAUAUGGUUGAUUAAGAUACGUGGAUAGAUACUUUAACUGAAUAACCAAUGAAAUAAUCUGGAUUGCUGUCUGUCAUUUUUUUUUCUACAUACCAUCCAAGUCUAAUUUAUCAAUGACCCUAAUCCUACUAUAUUGAAGUAUUGAUUACAACCCUAUUUUAUACCCAAAAAUAACCGAGAAUAAUCUUAGAGAAAGAAAUAUUUCUUCUCAUUUUCUAUAGUUGAUCAACAUUCUGUUUUCAUUUUAGGAAGUGAAUAAGCAAGGAAAUGGUCCAAAUGAGGAUAAAACUUAUUAAAUGGGAAAAAGAUUUUGAGAAAUAAAAAUAAAAAUUAAAGUAUUUUAAGAGGAUAAUCUAAUUUUAUAUAGAUGUAGGGAAAUUGUCAAAGAUUCAUCAAACUAUACUAGCCUAAUUUCAUUUCGUUUUUAAAUGUCCAAAUUAUUUCAGCUAACAUAAGUGGAUCAUGCGUUUUUCUAAUCAAUUUUAUUUCAACUUUCAAUAAAUGCUAAACUGUGGCUAAAAUUUUGUAAUAAAAUUUUCUCUCAUCCUCAGAAUAUUCAUUUUUUCAAAAAAAAAUUAUUUUAUCAUUAUAUAUAGACUCUAGAACUCCUGGGGGUGGUUUGCACAAACAUAUUUUCUUUGUUGUUACCCUGAAAAACCUUGAUGAAACUGAUCUGUAACUAGGUUUCCCUGUAAUUCUAUUAGAGGUAUGAGGGCGGUUGCUCAUACACGAUUGCCUAUAUUAUUGAAAGUAAACUUCACUAGUAGUCUUGGCAACAUGUGAGCCUGAUAAGAGAGCCUAAGGGACAAUUAUUGCAGAUCAUUUAAAGAUAAUCGUUUUCUAAGUACAUAGUGAUGUGUUGGCUUUGUACUUUGAAAGCCUUAGCACGCGGAAUGAACGGCCGUGGAACAAGGUGAAGUGUGCUAUUUUUCGACCAGGCAUUUACUAACUUCUUCCAUUACUUGCAAGAAGGCAUGUUUUGUUCAACUGUAAAGUGUAUCUGUAACCACAGUAAAAUUAGUGUUCCCUUCUCCAAGAUUACUUGCACCAGAAUGUAGUGCUCCCAUAGGAAUCUGAGCAGAUGUAAACCUAGACCACAGAUAGUCUAUCACUGUGAUAAUUACCUAGUGUAUCAAUGUCCAUCACUUCUUGCCCGAUACUUUCAACGAUUUAAUUUUAUCUACAGCAUAUUAAAAUGUCAUUUCACUGAAGUUUGUGGGAACAUUGUAAACGUGUUUGAUACAGUUCAGUUAGCUGAGUAAAUGAAUGUUAAGUGGUCGGGGGUAAUCAGGAGAAAAUUCAGGACUUAAACUUCCUGAUCGUUGACAUUCGUCAAUAAGACAUAUCUGCAAUCUUGGGGGAACGGGUGUACUUUGUGGAAUUCAAACAUGCAUCAAGCAUAUUUGUAAAUCCUGUUUGCUGAUGAAUGGUGACCAGUACAGAACCAAGUUCCUGAGUUUCCAAAAGACUACCUUCAACCAUGUAAUAUCAAAAUAUAGCGGGUGUGAUUUUGAAUCGCUUAGAGUAAUGAUCAAAUUCCGACUUGAUUGACAGAAUUCAAUCAGAAUCAAAAAGCUAGAUAAAUAUGACAUUAUUCAUUGCUCAGUGAUCAAGUAAUAUAAGCUGUUGAUUAGUUAAUAGAAAGUUGGUUAUCAAACAGAUUUGUUUCUGCUUUGUUGAUUUAGUUUCUUAAUAAGCGGUAAUGAAAAUAAACAAUAUUCAGUAUUCAGUCUAGUUAAAUAUUCUACAAAACAGAAUCUAUACAUCAAGACUAGAAUAUUUUUUUAUCAUAUUCCUCGAUGAAUUCAAGAUCCGAUAACAACCUGACCCAUAAAAUAGUAUGAAGAUUGGGAAAUGUUUGCUUUCAUAAAUUGGAAAAAUUCUUAAUAUUCAGUUCAUUUAUUUCUACAGUUUACAUCAUGGACUGAUCUUAGCUAAAUGACCAUUGCAAAAACGUGGAAGCACUGGACAAGUAUUCCUUUCUAGUAUGGGACUCUUCAGUGUUUGGAAUUUAUAAUGGGAGAUCGAACCCAAGACAUUCAAGUACCCCUGCGAGUGCCUAAUCUUUUGACCACUUGAUUUACUCUGCUAGGGAGUUUCACAUUCGAAAGAGACAGGUAUCCAGUACUUUCUCGUAUCCAGUGGUUGUUUGAUGAAGAUUAGCGUAUAGUGUAAACUAGUAAAUUCAAUAGUUUUUACAAACCCCUAACAGCAAUCACUUAUUUCUACUUUACAUUGCGCAGAGUUAUUGCCGAUUGUAGGAUGAAAAAGGAAACAGAAACCAUAUCACGAAUUAUAAUUGAAUUUCCAUCAUCAGCAAAACCGUUAACUCUAUAAUUAUUAUUCAGUCAUACAAAUGCCAAUCAAAUCAAAAAAUCUGAGUGAAAAAGCAGAUGACGGAUAUAGUUUAUUGUCUUAUUUCAAAGUUUUGCCUGGAUAUUCAGACAAUAGACGAUUAAAAGCAACAUGGGAUUGGAGUUCUAUGGAAGUUGCACAAAAUCUACUUCAGCAGGCCAAAAUUCUAUAUUACAAUGAUCUGGAUGUUGAUCUAAUCGGUCAAGAAAUAAUACAAGACUAUCAAAUUAAAGAAUUUGAUUUAACUAAUCUUCAUCCUGAUACAAAGUACUUAAUAUGCUUUCGUGUUACUCGUAAAAGAUUUAUUGGUUCUUCAAUAUUAUCAUCAUCAUCAUCAUCACCAUCAUUGUAUGUUCAGAGUAAUGGAACAAUAGCGACAUUAACACCAACAUUUAAAUCAUCUAGUCAUCAUCAGAACAAAACAAAUAUUGUAAAUAAUAUAUCUGAUAAUUUACAAUAUAAACAGAAAAUCAAUAAUCCAAUGAUAACUUAUAAAAAUAUUUCAUUUCUAAGUCGAUCACAUCGACAACAAUCAUCACUUAAUAUUCCAAAAUUAAAUAAUGAAUAUGUUGCUGAAAUGAAAUGUCAAGUAACAUUUACUCGAUUUUUACAUUGGACAGCAGUUUUAUGCAGUUUAAUAGGGAUUGUUAUAGCAUUACUUUUAUCUAUUAUGAUAUUUUCUAUUUUGAAAUCACGUGCCUAUAAAAUAAAACAAUCUGAAAGAAAAAUGUAUUUAAAUCAAAAAGGUGAAUUAUUAUUAGUUGGACAUAAAAAAGUAGGUGAUAUUCAUGAUGAUGAUAAUGAUGAUGAAGAAGAAAAUAAUUUAUUAAACUCUAAUAAAGUACCCCAUUUCUGUCAUUAUUCACACCCUCAUUAUCACCAUCAUCAUCAUCACCAUCAUCAUUACUAUCAACAUCAACAUCAUCAUCACCAUCCACAUCCACAUUCACAUCAUCAGCAUCAUCAUCAUCACCAUCAUUUGCCACAUGAACAUGUUCAAAAUCAACAUAUUCAUUAUCAUUGCCGUUCUAAUUCUUCAAAGAAAACGUCAAUUCGAAAACAAGAACCUUGUAAUUAUAAUAAAAUUGUAUCAUCUUCACCAUUAUCAUUAUCCACUUGUUAUAAAUCGUCAUCAUCAUCAACAUCAGAUAAGUUAGGAAAAAUGAAAGAUAAGAAUAUCAAAUUGAAUAUUCCUUCUGAAGUUAAAGAGGAUAAUGAAAUGAAUAUAUCUAAACAACAAUUAGAAGAUUGGGAGAAUACACUGAAAAAUAUUGAAACUGAUAAUACAAUAAUAAUUGAAAAAGAUAACAUGCUAAAUUCUACCAUAAAACCUGCCACUUAUAGUAAUAAUGCUGACAUUACAAAUGAUAUUAAUCAUAGUAAUAAUAACAAUAAUGAAUCACCUACAAAUACUAUAAAAAUUCAAAAGAAUUCAGAAACUAUUCUCCCUAAUCCAAUCAUUGAAAAUAAAAGGACUGUUUCUUUUAAAGAUGACACUACUACUACUACUACAAGUAGUACAACGAAUACAGCAACAAUAAUAACUACUACUAAUAACAUCGUUAAUACACCUGCACUUAAUAAUAACACUGACUCUAAUAAUAAUAGUAAUAAUAUAAAUGAUGGGAUUCACCAGAAUAGUGUACAGGAAAGCCCUAAUUCAAUCCAGUUAACUUCAUUGGAUUCACAUAAUGAUGAAUUCAAUAAUAAUAAUUUUAUUAAACCUAUAAGUAUAUCAUUAACAGAAUCCAGUCUUAUGCAUUUUAGACAUCAUAUACCAGAAUAUACUCAAAUGGAUAAUAAUAAUAAUAAUCAAUUACAGGGUAAAAAUCCUAGUUGUUAUUUCGAAAUAAAAAGUCCUUUACUUAAAGAAUUUGAACAAAAGUCAUGUACUUCUAUUUAUCCUAUUGAUAAUGAAAAUGAAAAACUUGAUAAAAACAACAAUAAUACUACAGACGAUCAUUUCAAACUCAAUGAUAAUAGAAUGAUACAAAUUGUAACAAAUCAAUUAAACACAACUGAUGUAACAGUUCAAUCACCAAUAACACCAAAUAAUUCUACCAUUAAUACUAUUGGAAAAAAUUCAACUAUAUCCAUACCAGAGAAUGAUGCAUUACUUAUUGACAUAUCGACAAAUGAUAAUGAUAGAAAACAUUUCAUAUCAAAUGAUAAAAACUGGUUUAUAACAUCAUCGAAAUCAACAUCGAAUGUAUUAGUAGAUAAAAAUGAACAAAAGUCUAUUUUUCGUACACAAUUAAUUGAAACCCUGUGA